ACGCUCUUGUUGAUUCACAUGCAAAUCAGCCUCCUCCUUUCUGCACCAAGAAACCUGACGGAAAGAGAGACGACAAGCAAGAAGUGAACUCGACUCGACUCUACCACAGAGAAGACCUCAGCCACCUUGGAUUGAAAAAAACCUGUUUGAAACGGGGAACGUUGGAAACUGUGAAUCUGACAUAUUGGAGAGAAAAUAACAAGCAGUUUUGUCAGGACAAGAGAAAGGCAGAGCUUAAAGAGAGUGAGAGACUCUCCCGCUGAUUCUCUCAACCACUUAGGUGUCGACUGGAGGAGAAGAGAGGAACAGAGAAGAGGAGGAGUGAAGCUUUUAGUGUUAGUGAGGGAGCGCUCUGUCACUCUACGAGUGUCGCUUGAAGAGGAGGAGGCAGAGGCGAACGCUCCCGGUCUCUAGAGAGAGAGAGAGAGAGAGCAAGCGAGCGAGAGACAUAGAGUGAGAACAAGCUGACAGCAAUACAGGAAGAGCACGGCUGCCAGACGAUGUGCUGCUAACUGAAGCACUCAUGCUCCAGACCAUUUACGAGGCUGACUCCUGUUUCUCCACAGACAGCAUCGGCAAACACCGGCUGCCUCGGACCUCCAACGACUCUGACAUGCACAACGUCAACAAUUCAGUGGAUGUUAAGCCAGAGGUUCCCUUGGCGCUUGAUCCGGGUUCCCCGCUGGACCUUCGUACGGAUAUAAGGAUGCAGGGUUCUGCUUCAGACCCCAGCAUGUGGGAAAGACAGCUUCAACAGGAACUGCUCCUCAUUCAAAAACAACAACAAAUUCAGAAACAGCUCCUAAUCAGUGAGUUCCAGAAACAACAUGAAAACCUGGUCCGCCAGCACCAGGCCCAGAUACAAGAACACCUAAAGCUCCAGCAGGAGCUACAGGUCAUGAAGCAGCAGCAGGAAAAGCUGGAGAAGGAGAGAAAACUGGAGCUACAGAGUCAGGAGAGAGAGCUGGAGAGACAUCGUCGUGAACAACAAGUCCUGUUUCUGCGCAAUAGAGAGAGAAACAGAGAGAGUGCGGUGGCCAGCACCGAAGUCAAGCAGAAACUCCAAGAGUUUCUGUUGAGUAAAUCCACUAAAGAUGGGGUACCAACCGCACCCUCCCUGAAAAUCACACAGAGCUCCAAACUGUGGUACACGGCCUCUCAUCACACCUCUCUCGAGCAAAGUUCACCUCCUUUGGGAGGUGCGUCCUCCUCCUGCAAGGUUUCAAUGCCAUACCCGCAGGAGAGUCGGGAUGACUUCCCUCUGAGGAAGACAGUUUCAGAGCCCAACCUGAAGGUGCGCUCCAGGUUAAAGCAGAAGGUUGCUGAGAGAAGGAGCAGCCCACUCCUGAGGAGAAAAGAGGGGAGCAUUAUGACACCCUUUAAAAAGAGAGCCCUGGAACUUCUGGAGUCCACAGCCAGUAGCAGUGCUCCAGGAUCAGGUCCUAGUUCACCCAAUGGGGCCUGCAGUGCCUUGGGGGCUGAAAAUGGACCAUCUUCUCUACCAGUCACCACACGCACCGAGCGUUGGCCAUCGCAGUCAAGGUUAUUGGGCCCUGAAAGCUCUGUGUCUAUGUUAAACCUCUACACAUCGCCAUCUCUACCCAAUAUCUCCCUGGGUCUUUCGACCACCUCCUCUCCCAUCAGUGCUGCUUUAGGACUUAACGACCAGCAUGUUGAGGGUGGUGGGGUAUCAGCGGUCAUGCAGGGUCUGUCCGCCCAAAUUCUGGGACCAGUGCCCCUGUCUGUUGCUAUGGAGACCAAAGUUAGCACCAGCCACCAGGCUCUUCUGCACCAUCUCCUCCAGAAGGAGCAUCUCCGCCACCAAAAGAUCUUCUCCACAGGUCAAAGUCCAGUGCAUCCUCCUUCUCCACUGGCCUUGAGGGACAGUUCUCCUGGUACGACCCGUCCCAAGCUCCCACGUCACCGGCCUCUGAACCGCACCCAAUCUGCUCCACUGCCCCAGAGCGCACUCGCUCAGCUCGUGAUUCAACAGCAACACCAGAGCUUUCUAGAGAAACAGAAACAGUAUCAGCAACAGGUCCAGAUCAACAAGAUGCUUUCGAAAUCAAUCGAGCAGCUCCGUCAGCCUAACGUCCACCUGCAGGAGUCAGAGGAGGAAGAGGAUCUGCAUGACCAGGAUAUGCAGGAGGAUAGCUCGCCCUCUGGUGGCGUCAUUCGGAAGCACAGCACAGACCACAAGAGAUCCAGCUCACCGAUGGACACUCACCCCGGAGUCAUCCGGGUGAAAGAGGAGCCCAAUACCAGUGAUGACGAAACGCUGGCAGACAAACAGAGCUCUUAUAUUAACCAGGUUAACGGGAGGGUCGUGAUUCGGGCCGUGAUUUGAAACGAGAAACGCAGAUCUGCACACGCAAACACACAGACACACACAACAUGCUUGAAAUGGUGGCAACGCAUGAACACAGGGUCAUUGCUUUGGGAGCUUCAUAACUGGUUUCAUUUGUGAACUUGUGGGGUGAUCUCUGUCCGUUUAAUGUUUUGUAUAUACUCGGAGAAGAUGAGAUUUUAACCGACUCGGUCUUUUAAUGCUAAGAAGAAGUUUUUGAUUGUUAAAGUUUGUUGAUAAUUUAAGAUUUUCUCUUUCUACUUUACACCCACCUAUUGAGAAACAGCAAUUUUGCUUUAUAUAAAUGUUACGAAGCUAUGUUUAUGUAAGAGGUGAAAGCAACAUCGUCGUCUGCCGAAAGACUCCCAGAUGAACAAAGAUCCUCACGAAAACACUGGGAACAGUUGGGACGGGUUCUAGAUUCACAUUCUUUAUUCCUCGGUCUCCUGUGGCGCGGACUGAAGGCUGCCCAGGAUCACGAGCAGUACUCCUUGCUGAAUUUCGAGAGGGAGAGAGAGUCGUAGAGGAAAUGCCUGGUGGAAGCCAGGAAUCAGAAUGAUUCAUGAGCGCAGGAAUGCUGGGAGAGGACAGAGCUCCAUGCUGAAGGCCCAGCAGUGAGCUUUGAUUUACUGUGCAAGCAAAUUACAAAGUGAGUGGGGAGACAGUGGUGGGAGCCCCCUUUUAAAACCAAUCAUUUCCUCUGUAUUCCCACAUGAUGUGUUUACCACGACACGCAGGCUUGAUGUUACUCUGGUAGAAAAAAAAGGUAAUUGUUCUGUUCUUUUUCCUCAUUCGGUCCUUUCCUGAGGUGGUUUUGCUGUUUCUUGGCUGUCUUUCUUCAACUCGUGUGAUAGGUUGAAAAAAUGCCGUAUUGUAUUUUAUCAUCUUUACAUCUUUCCUGUAAUUGAUUGCACUUCUGAUGUAUAAUUGUUCGUUUUUUGUGUAUGUGAUCCUCGAAAGGCGUCAACAACAAAAACAUUGAUUUAUGGAGGAAAAUGUUAAUCGUUGUGAGCCAUCAGUGUCGACAAAUAGCCUGUGAGUCAACCUAUUUUGUUCCUGUCGUCUGUUCAACUGUAUGGGAUGUUAAUGACAACUGUCCAGUCACGAUCAGUUUGUAACCGUAUGCGUUCCCUUCCUGUCUUGUCACCUUUUUUAAAAUAAAGUUCUUUUCCAUCCUGUA